AUCAUGGCUUCAGGUGAUGGACUAGGCCCUCGUAAGAGGCGCAGAGUGGUUCCUCCUGGGUCAGAUCCCUAUGUCCUGCGAUCACUCUUCGAGAAUGUACCCGUGGAGACCGAGGACAACCGUGAUGUCUACAUCACCUGUGUUGAGUACUGGGAUGAGAAUUUGUAUAUCGGAACCUCGGCUGCUGAGAUAUUACACUUUGUUUGCCUUCCACCUGCUCCUGACGAAUCGGGGCCCACGUUCAUACUGGCAUCGCGAUUGCCUAUCCCAUUCCAAACUACACCCUCGAACAAUGACCAGCUUGGUGUCCAACAAAUCGUGAUACUCGCCUCUGUGAAUAAAGCUUGCGUCCUUUGCAAUGGCACCGUUACUUUCUACAUGUUGCCAGAGCUCAGCCCGGCGUUCGGUAACACCAAGGUUAACCACUGUCGGUGGAUCGGCGGCUUGGAUCUUGAUCAGAAUACCGAAUCUGGAGAGAGCCCAGUGGUGAUGAUCGCAGCGCAGAACAACAUCAUGCUCGUUCAGAUUGGCGAUGAGGCGCGCCGCAUCAAGAAGAUCGGGUUUCCCGGAUGUCUAGUCGCAGCCCGCCGAGGAACUAUUGCAUGCGCGGCUGACUCCCAUUCGUACUCCCUGCUCGAAGUAGAACACCAGCAGAAGAUUCCAUUGUUUCCCAUUUCAUCCUCGAACGAGGUGUUCGAAUCUGGACAUGUGGAAGACAUCGUGCCAGGGCCUCACACUCCUCUAAAACGAUCGCCUUCGUCAUCCUACCCAAGUUCUCCUCCUAGUGAUUCCCAUGCGCACGCCAGAAGUAGCAGCCUCAACGCCUUUGCAGGAAUGUUACAACCUCAAGCGCCUUCGCCCUCGGGAACCCCAGAUCCUUUUACAGCUACUGGAACACCCCGCCGAUCAAGCUCGGAGGGGAGAGAAGAUGAAAAUCCCAAGAACAAGACUACGGACAGCCCACAGAAUAAUCCCUCGCCGACAGCCUCCGAAGGCACCAAGCCACUUCCUCCACUACCUCCGACACAAAUCUCGAAACAGCUACAGCCCUAUGUGGUGUCUCCGACCCCCUUUGAAUUUCUACUUGUAACUGGAACCGCAGAAACAGAGCCUGGCGUGGGCAUGUUUGUAGACUUGGAUGGUGAGGUUGUGCGGGGGACCAUUAAUUUUCAUCGAUACCCGAAGGCUGUGAUUAUUGAUGCCGGAGAAGAUGAUCAAUUCCUCCAGCCUAACGACGAUGCUAAAGAUGAGUUUGUGCUUGCCAUAAUAGAGGAAGCAGACGACAAGAAUCGGCUCGAAAUUCAACGCUGGGAUGACGACCCAGCGGAAAUUGAACGGCAAAGGCGAUGGAUGGACAUACCUUCGCCUGGGACAAAACCCGCUCAAGUUGGCCUGCGGCAUACUGUUAGUCCCAGUCACAUUGAGCUUGAAGAUAUCGGGCAGCUCUUACGAAUGGCCCGUCUCAAAACUCCUUUGCUUUCACCACAUGUGCCGUCAGCAGACCCUCGAACCCAAGCAUCUAUUGAGCAUCUUCAGAAAGAAGAGGAGCUCUUUGAAUCCCAGGAGUUGACCGACUCCGAAGGUGCCAAGAAAUGCGAAACACAUUCAGGCCAAGGAUGGGAAGCCCAACGAAAUGCCGAAGAGGCUAAAUUUGCCCAUGGACUGGGCAACCUCCAAAGCAGUCUCAUACUGUGGUCGGGGUCCCAGAUAUGGCGCAUAGUAAAGAACCCCUUGUUGGUUCAGCUUGAAAACUCUUUGCAGCAGACUCAGUAUACCAAUGAUAGCGGGCACAUUAUCCUGCGGCGGGAUUCUGUCAUGGCAUUGAUGAUGGCAAUUCGGGACAUGGAGCCUCAAAAUGAGUCCGAAUUUAUCGGUCUUGGCUACGUGAAACAGAAAGCAAGUCUUCUAUUGUAUGGGGAUCUUCUGUCUAUGCCUUCCGAUCGCCGAAGCGAUGUUGUGAUUGAACCCACCGAGCACGCCCUUGUGGCAGGUAACCUGGACCCCCGUCUGGCUCUGCUAUUCAUUCCACUUCUUCGACAGGAGAUCUUACAGGGUCCUCAGGGGAUCUGGAUUCACUCCGGAUUGGCGACUCUGACAGAGAAAUAUAUCCAACAAGUGGGAAAAGUAAACAGCGAGCCGUCCAGGCCAGCUGCCAUCAACGACCCAGUGCUGAACAUGGUGAAACGAUUUCUAUUCUCUUGGCAGCAGAAGAGAGGAUACGGUAGCAUCACAGACGAGACAUAUGUCUUAGAUAGUACCGACGCUGCUCUACUUCAUCUGGUUUUGGAACAGGAUGCCAAUGUAAAUGCGGACAAGCGAACAAAGGCAUCGACUCGUACCGAGUUAAACCGUCUGGUCGAUAACUGGAAGGGAAAUUUCGACCGGGCCGUGGCGCUUCUAGAAAAGUACCAGAGACUCUACAUCCUGAGUCGUCUGUACCAAAGCCAGAAGAUGUCUCGCAAUGUUCUCAACACCUGGCGGAGAAUAAUUGACGGCGAACCUGAUGCUGGCGGGGAGCUCAGUGCGCCUGGGGUCGAGGCCCAGAUGCGCAAGUAUUUGGUCAAUAUCAAGAAUGUCCAGCUGGUAGAGGAAUAUGGGUCUUGGCUCGCUGGGCGAAACCCUAGUUUGGGUGUACAAGUAUUUGCGGAUAACUCUAGUCGCGUACGACUAGAGCCUGCAGAUGUUGUAACUCUCUUGAAGGAGAAAGCCCCCAACGCCGUUCAGGUCUACCUGGAGCAUCUGGUUUUUGCUAAAAAUUACACGCAAUAUGCCGAUGAUCUCAUAUCAUACUACCUGGAUGAAGUACUCUCAGUUCUUGAGUCUUCACCCACAGCACGGGAUUCCCUCUCGGAUUCAUACUCGACCUACCGAGCUCUACGUCCCCCCAAACCGACCUACCUAAACUUCAUCACGGAGAACACGCCCAAGGAACCGUGGUGGCAGUCUCGUCUUCGACUAUUACAACUGCUGAGCGGCACCUCUGGCACACAAUUCUCGUCCACCCCUCUUCCUUCGGGCAUUACCUACUCCAUUCCCAACGUGCUGGCACGUAUUGAGCCCUUCCAAGACGAGCUUGUUUCAGAGAGCAUUAUCCUGGACGGCCUACAAGGCCAUCACCGUGCUGCCCUCCGGCUUCUCACUCAUGGCCUCGGGGAUUACGACUCUGCUAUUCGGUAUUGUCUCUUUGGCGGACCACAAAGCUCAACCUCAUCUAGCAUCCAGCCUGAACUUGCCGACUACACUUUACAGUCCGAACUUUUCCGUCAUCUACUAGAUGAAUUCCUGCAUAUCCAAGAUCUAUCAGAUCGCAUUGAGAGAACCAGUGACCUCCUCGCCCGUUUUGCAGCCUGGUUCGAUGUCCGUGAAGUUCUGGACCUUGUUCCCGGGGACUGGAGCGUGGAUAUUCUGGGUGGUUUCCUGGUGCAUGUCUUCCGAACCCUCGUCUCCCAAACACGUGAGGCCCGUAUAGAACGUGCCCUCAGUGCAGGUCUGAACCUGCGCGUCGGGGUUGAUUAUAAUGAUAACCUGGAGAAAGCGGGACCUUGGGUAGAGGAUGAAGAGGGUCUUCGGCGCUUGACAGGUGGACCGCCUCCCGUUCAGGCUGGUACUAAUGAAGAUGACGGCGAAUUUGGAGAAAUUGUUUCGCCUGAUACCGGGGGUGAUUAA